UGGUCAACAACUAAGUUACUUCAAACUCAUGGUUAAAUAAAUCAAAGUGUAGGAGCAAGUUGGGAGUGCGAAUCAGCUGUUCCGAGCUAUUUGUCGGGGAGGUUGGCCUUCGCAAGUCGCGAUGGCGAUGGGCAAGGGGUUUCGUGUAUUUGAAAAAAUCUCUCCCCCAAAUCCUUAUAGUGUCCUCCUUGAACAAAGAAACAGAGAAGAAACUCUUUUGUUUGAAUCACAAGCUGUCGCUGUUUUAUCUCCACAAGAAACUGAGUCUGUGAAGAAGCUUUACACAAAACUCUUGGAUGCUUAUGGCUGUCUUGGUGUUUUACAGUUGAAUGCAGGAGAAAGCACAGUUCUGUACCUGGUACUUGUAACUGGAUGUGUCUCAGUUGGCAAAAUUGCAGAAUCUGAAGUUUUCCGAAUUACUCAAACAAAUUUUGUAUCUCUUCGUAAUCAACCUCAAGAUGAAGAACGUAUUUCUGAAGUCCGAAAAGUUCUUAAUUCUGGAACUUUCUAUUUCUCAUGGUCAGUUUCAGGAGAAGCUUUGGAUAUUACCCUAUGUGCACAACGUAGGAAAAAAGCAACUGCAACAGACAACAGAUUUUUCUGGAACCGAAUGCUUCAUAUCCAUCUAUUGAGAUUUAGUGUCAGUUGCUCUCAUUGGCUUCUUAAAGCCAUGUGUGGUAGUGUUGAAAUACGAACAGUAUAUGUAGGGCACAGGCAGGCCCGUGCUGUAAUCAUCUCCAGAUUGAGUUGUGAGAGAGCUGGUACUAGAUUUAAUGUACGGGGAAGUAAUGAUGAUGGUCAUGUAGCUAACUUUGUGGAAACAGAACAAGUUAUAUUUUUGGAUAAUGAAGUAACAUCAUUUGUUCAGACACGAGGAUCGGUUCCAUUAUUUUGGGAACAGCCAGGUGUACAGGUUGGUUCUCACAAAGUGAAAAUGUCAAGAGGGUUUGAAGUGUCUGCUCCUGUGUUUGAUAAACAUUUAUGUUUAAUGAAAGAACGUUAUGGACGGCAAGCAAUUAUCAACUUACUAGGCACUAGUCUGAUUGGUAGUAAAGAAGGAGAAGCGGUUCUCAGUCAGUUAUUUCAGGCCCAUCACAAAGCCUCACAACAUGCAGCUGAUGUUCCUCACAUUGUAUUUGAUUACCAUCAAGAAUGCAGAGGUGGCAAUACCAAGAAUCUUAGCAAGUUAAAAGCCAAAGUGGAGAAAUAUUUACAGUCUUUUUCCCUUUUCUAUAUGAAAGGUGAUGAAACGUUAAGUGAACAAGUGGGAACAUUACGCACAAAUUGUUUGGAUUGUCUGGAUCGAACCAAUUGUGUUCAGACAUUCUUUGGCUUGGAAACUCUAGUGAAGCAGUUACAUUUGCUUAAUCUCAUGGAGAAGCAACAGAUGGUGUCAAGGUUUGAGGAAGUUUUCCGCCAAAUGUGGAUCAAUAACGGCAAUGAAGUUAGCAAGAUUUAUGCUGGUACUGGAGCUAUUCAGGGUGGAUCUAAGCUAAUGGACGGUGCAAGGUCAGCUGCUCGUACAAUUCAGAAUAAUUUAUUGGAUAACAGUAAGCAAGAAGCUAUUGACAUCUUAUUACUUGGGAGUACCUUAAACAGUGAACUAGCUGAUCGUGCUCGCAUUCUCUUGCCUUCCAAUAUGUUGCAUGCUCCUACAAGUGUGCUUCGUGAAAUGUGCAAACGAUACAACGAAUAUAGUUACUCAACAUCUGCUCAUGUUGCUGUUGGUACAUACAAUGUCAAUGGUGGAAAACAUUUUCGGAGUGUGGUUUACAAGGAUGUGUCCCUUUCGGAUUGGCUCCUUGAUUCGACAAGAAUAGCAAGAUCUCAAUCAUUAGUUGAUGUGACAAAAGAAGUAGAAGAUGAGCCACCAGUGGAUAUUUUUGCUAUUGGGUUUGAAGAAAUUGUUGACUUAAAUGCAAGCAACAUUGUAGCUGCUAGUUCUGAGAAUGCUAAAGCCUGGGGUGAAGAACUACAGAAAGUUCUUUCUCGUGAUCAUCAGUAUGUUAUGGUGACGUAUGUUCAACUGGUUGGUGUUUGCAUCUACUUAUUUAUCCAGCCUAAGCACGCCCCUUAUCUUCGUGAUGUUGCUGUGGAUUGAAAUAAAGGUGCUGCAGCUAUCAGAUGUGUAUUUUAUAACACAUCAUUAUGUUUUGUGUGUGCUCAUUUUGCUGCUGGCCAGUCUCAAGUUACAGAGAGGAAUGCAGAUUAUGCAGAGAUAACAAGAAAAAUUACUUUUCCAAUGGGUCGCACCUUAAAUGCACAUGAUUAUGUUUUUUGGUGUGGAGACUUCAAUUAUCGUGUGGACAUGGAUAAAGAUGAUAUGAAAGAACUAAUAAAACAAAAAGACUAUGCACAAAUAUUACAGCAUGAUCAAUUGAAGAUCCAGCAAGAACAGGGCAAUGUAUUCAAAAAUUUUAUUGAAGGUGACAUUAACUUUGCUCCCACAUAUAAGUAUGAUCUUUUCUCGGAUGAUUAUGAUACCAGUGAGAAAUGUCGUGCGCCUGCAUGGACUGAUCGAGUUUUAUGGAAGCGUAGGAAACAACUGCCUGACACAGAUCUACCUUGUGAUUGGAAUCCUGGGACUCUGGUUCAUUAUGGUAGAGCUGAGUUGAAGCAGAGUGAUCAUAGACCUGUUAUUGCGCUAAUAGAUAUUGAUAUUUGUCGAAUAGAUGAAGAUAGAAGGAGCCAAGUUUUCAUGGAUGUUAUAUUGGAUCUGGGACCACCCGAUGCUACUGUGGUAGUACAGCACAUAGAUGCUGAAGGCAAUAAUGAAGAUGUUUUUGAUGACAGUUUUAUGAUGACUCUUUUACAAGAGUUGAGUCAGAUUGGUGAAGUCAUUUUAGUACGUUUUGUUGAAGACACAAUGUGGGUGACAUUUAGAGAUGGUCAAUGUGCACUUGCCGCAGCUAAAAAAGCAACUACUGAACUUUGUGGUCGCACUUUGAAAUUGUCAUUAAAAACUCCAGACUGGCAAACUGAAGCACGAAAGGAAAUAGAAUUGUGCACCAGCAACACAGUGCCUCUUUGUGAAGCAGAAUAUGUUGAUUCAGAAAGCAGAGUUGAUCAGGGAUUAAAUAAUAAUGGAGAAGGUGGCGGAAUGAGUAGCAGACCUGGAGAGUCACCGAAGGGUGGACCGCCUCGACGACCAGCUCCUCCUGUUAGACCUCCAUUGCCUGCCGUUAAAUCUCCAUCCAGUUCUCCAGUCCCUCCAAGGAAGCAAAUACCAAAAGCUGGUGUCAUUAGUAUCCCACCAAGGCCUACAGCACUUCCUACUGAAGCAUGUACUCAGGAAGCAGAUGGCAAGUCACCAGAUACGAGUCCACAGUAUAAGGAAGAAACAGCAAUUUAUGAAGAAAUACAAGAUGAUUGUGUGAGCAAAGCAAUUCCUUCUGGCCCACCUCCACCACCACCACGCUUUGAUUCAAGUCCUGAAGAUUCAAAGUCUCCUCCCAUGUGUGCAACUCCUCCACCUUUACCUCAGCGUCAGUUACCUGCUCCUCCUCCACGACAACAACCUCCUCCUGUUCCUGAUCGCUCUGCCCCCCCUCCAGUUCCUGCCAGGGCUGGAGUUCCUCCACCUAUUCCUGCACGUGUUGGGCCUGUGAAUGCAUCACCAGCCCGGUCUCCACGUAAAACCGUAAGCUGAAUGUAUACUUCACAGAAAUGUCUGAAGAAAUACUCAUAUUUAUAUAUGGUAGCAUAAGCACAAGCAACUUUCUUUUGUGUAUUUGAAUACACAAAAUUGGAAGAACAAUAAUUCAUGCUAUGAUGUUGAUUGUUGAUUUUAGGUGUUUGCAGACUACUAGAUAUAAUUUAUAUUUAAUGUUAAGAAUGUGUUCUAAUUCCAUUCUGCCCUGGUACUUCUUUUUUGUUGAGGUACAUUAUUAAUGAAGUGCAACUGUUUAUAAAACAGAUUUUGUCUGCUUUGAAACCAAUGGGAUCUAUAUAAUAGCUGACUGAAGAGUACUUUGUGUGUUUAUACAAUUCAAAUAUUUGUAUCUUAGUAGACUAUGUUGCCAUGGUUUCUUUUCUCACUUUCCUUAAUUUGGUUCUCCACUUUUCUUACAUGAAAGAGAAGAAAUGUAUUAAACAUGGCCUAUCAGGUUAUUUCAAUACUUCUCUAAAAAUAUCUUUCUUUGAAGUAAAUAGCAACAUUGAGGGAUGACCUCUAGUAUGCAUUGUGUGCAAUACUUGAUCUUUUGUGAAUAACAUACUAUUCAGGAUGUAUGUAUUAUAAUGCUCCCUGGUAUGCAGAGAGAAAACAAAUUUGGACCAAAAUAGAUAUUACACUAUACUGAAAUACACAGGGUGUAAACAAAACGAUUUAAGUGACAUUUAAGAGUAACAUAUUGACAUUUGAUUUGAAAAAGUGUCCAGAUACUCUACAGUUCUGUUUCUUGUUUUCAUAUGUUCAUAUCUUUGCAUUUAAAUUUUCUUCAUAAUAAUGAACUAACUUACUUGUGAUGACUACUAUUUGUAAAACUAAAUAGUUAAUGCUUAUAUCAUUUAACAUAAUUUUUCUUAGAUGAUACAAUAGUAGGAAUCUCGGCAAUAUCUCAGGGUGAAAUCCAUUAUCUUGUGGCUGUAUAUAACUAUCAAAGAAGACAAACCCAAUUCUUUUUUUGACUAGUACUGUGUAUGUGAAUUUGUCCUAUUCAUACAGUAAGAGGUUGAAUAAAACUUCAUAAUUGUGUAUCUUGGACAGUGUACAGUGAAUUAAAAACAAACCUGUUGCAUGAGUCGCUUUUGUGACAUUGUAAAUAUAUAUAGUUUUUUGAACGUUUCGUUUUUACCUUCUUUUUUCCUGUCAGGAUGUUUUGGAGAAAUUUAAUUGUGUGUACAAAUUUCAAUAUAGAAAAUAUUGGUUCACAAUAUUUCACAAGUGCUGAGGGAAAAUAAUAUAUUAGUGUAUUUUUCUUGCUCAAAUGCAAAUGAUCAGUUACUUUUUCCUGAAGUUAGGUUGUUGUUUUGGUACAUAUUUAUUCCUUUGUAACAUUCGUUGCACUAUAAAAAUUGAUGGUUAUAAUGCAGUUCCACUUGCAAUAAUUUUUAAUGAAUCUCAAAAUAAUAAUUGACAUUCUAAAAAUAGAAAUUUGUUGCUGCACUGCAUUAAUAAAGAGUACUGUAAAUGGCAAAAGUCAAGUAUUAUCUGGAUAAUACCCUUGUACCCAAAAAUAAGAGAAAAAAAUAAUCUUUGAAGUGUACUGUAUUUCUAAUAGCAAAUUGACAUUAUUUGGGUAAACAUGUGUGUGAUUAUCAUGUGCAACCUCAUUGUGGUGUCUAAAAUCUUUGUAUUCGGGCCACAAUUUGUUGAUUAAUAUUCUUAAUGUGAGUGCUAAUCAUUAGUAUGUUUACCUCUCUAUGGCAUAGUUGUGUCUUGUAGGAUAUUAGUAAUAGACUGUUUUGUAUAGUAAUUUUAUUUUAUUUUUCUGUGAUCAAUAGUAAACCUGAUAUUAUGCCUCGUAAAUAUGAUAUGACUUAUGGGCACAUGACACUUUUAAAGUUGUCUGUUUAUAGUGUGAUCAAGAACAAGACACUAAUAAAGUAUUAUGCAAAAAUAUUAGUGCACUGUUUGAUAUUAUCUAAUUUAGACCAAAACUUAUAUAUAUUGAUAAUCAUUGAAAAUAUAAUAGGCUUGUAAACUUAUUAGGAAAUAAUAUUGGUUAAUUGGUAGUUGCAUGUUUCUGUCCCUAAAAUUACCCAGGGAAAUAUUGCUUUUUUGCUAGUACUAUUUUUAUGAAAAAAUAUAUUUUGUGGUAGAUAUGAAUUUUAGAGAGCUUUUAUAUUAAUAGAUGAUAUAAACAUACAUAUACACAUUGUACCAUAGCAUGUCUGGUAAUGAAUGAGUACUUUCAGUUCUUAACUUUGUUAGUUUCUGGCCAGUAUUAGCUUUAAAAAUAAACUGUUACUAUUAUGUGAAACAUAUUUAUGGACCAGACUUUUAAAUAACUUCCUGUUAAUUUUUGGUUUACAUUCCUCUUAUGUUUUUGAAGUUCCUAUUUAAGUAUUUGACUGAUAAAUGAAAAUGAUUCAGUAUUUGUUGACAUUUAUUAAUAUGCUAUCAAGUAGUUAAUAUUAAUAAAUACAAGUUAAAUGAAAAUCUUCCACUAGUUUUUCAUAUAGGAAGCUUUUACAUUACAUUUGGAUAUUAUUAAAAUGUUUUCAGAAUGUGGUGAAUGAAAUGCAAUUGAUGUGCAGUAAUAAAAUUAUUGUACAAUAAUAUAAUUAAAGUACCUAUAUUAAUUUUAAAAAUCAAUGUCCUAUUUAAUGAAUGUGAAUAUCACUGAAAUAUAUAUGACAGCUGUAAGAAUUGUAUCUAGGUGGAAGAAUUAAGGGUAUGGUUUAGAGUAAAGUAUUUUUGACUUGUUAUGUAUAAGUGUGUAACAUGCAAAUAUGCUGUGACUUAUAGUUUUGUAUUUAUGUGUCCAGAAGGAGAAAAUUAAAUGUAACAAUGCAAGUACAAUGUUUUUCUGAGUUCAUUUUUACAUUUAAACCUUGCAGAAAGCUUUCCC